GCAGUGGAAACCAACCUGGCUUCAAAGGAUAGUCACUGGGUCUAUGUUAACGAGGUAAGAGAAUGAGGCUGCGUAAAAAGGCUCCUUUGCCUGUUGUUUCUCUUUCUCCCAUCCAUUUCACUCUCAUCUGCCCACUUGUCUUCCUUUUUUGUAUUUAACGAUAGACAACAGUUGUGGGGAAGGGGGAUUUCAGAAAGUUGAAGGUGUUGUGAUAGAGCCAUCACUUUCAGUGGUUUACAUAUCAGUUUCUUUGUCAUAGGAGCCAACUCCUAUGGGCUGAGGUCCCUUCGGCCUCCACAAUGAAAUAUUUGAGGGGGCUGCCCCCCAAAGUUGAUAGGCAUUGCCGUGUCUUGUGAUUAGUUAUGUGGGGUGGGGCUUACCUCCCCCCCCUAAAAAAAAAUCCAUUGCCCUCUGACAUCUCUAUUUUGAAGGGCUUUGAAGCAGGGAAUGGGGCUUGUGCUAGGGUUUAGGUUUGUGCUUCAAGACUCCUGACCACCCCCAAAAAAUGAAGACACAGUGACACGGGAUUUUAGUUUAAGUUAUUGGGCAAAAUUUAGGCCACAACUUUAUUGAAUACAGAAUGUGAGUGGUAUUGGCUUAGGCACUGGAAUCAUCCAAACUAUAUCAGACUCCCACCCGCAUCGCGGAGAGUCUGAUAAAAGGGUGAAACACCGCCAGAGGGAGCCCCGCCGAUGCAAACCGACUCAAGCUCACCCCCAUGGGGUCCUGGUAUGGCCCUAUACCCUACCACAGGGUUUUGGACAAGACCCAGGCCAACCCCUGAUUCCUUUAAUGGAAUACCCUUGAGCUUGGAGAGGCAGGUGAUGGCUGCACCUCCCCUCCCCUCCCCACAUAUUGCUGAUCCAAUGCCUAACCGCCGAACCUUACAAAGUUGUGAUAAUUGCUACGUGAUGGGCGAAAACCAAAUGGCUCUGCCAAUCCGCCAGAUGGAAAAUUUCCUACCAGACCCCCAUUGCAAAACAGGCAACCAACAACGUCCAUAGCAAGGCCAACACACCAGAUAAAGGGUGGGCGGGCGGGUGAACUGCUGCACGAAGGCAAAGAGGUCCAGGAAACAUCGCACAGGGAUUAAAUAAUGUUUCACGGCCACUCCCCAAGCCAAGCCAUUGGCUUUAGGGACCAAGUGGCCAUGAGAUGACCAACCAGAGUGGAGAAGAGCGUAGCCCUGCCCACACCAGGAGGUGGGAGAUGCCUUUUUGAAGAGGAUCUGAUUUGUUGGAUGGGUGUGUUUCACAGUCCUUUAGCUUCCUGAGCUUUGCUUCUCAAGUUUGGUGUUUGCAGAUCGGCUCAUCAGCUUCACGAACUUCCUUGGUCCCAAGGCUCAGAAGCUACCCUGAGCUUGGCCUGCAAGUUAGCAUAGACGUUGUGCAGUUUUACAGAUCUUUGGAAAGAAUAAUAAAAAACCAGACAUCCAUCCUCUGGCGGUUUCCUGUGCAUCUCCCCCACAAGCAACAUUUAUUGUGUCCAUUAAUCAGAGGGAAACAGUGCCAGAUUAAACCCUGUGGAGGCCCCUAGGCAGUCAAAAUCUCAAGGGGGGCCUUGCAAAUUAUCUCCUAAUAUGUUUUUGUAAUUCUCUAUCAAAUCAAUAUUAUUUUGAUCCAUUGUUGUGGGGCCCCUGAAAGGCAUGGAGCCCAUAGGCUGUUGCCUACACUGCCUAUUUGGUAAUCUGGCAGUGGGUGGGAAACAGAUGUGAUUCACAUACUUCUUAUCCCUCCCCCUGCUUGUUAAGUGUACCAACUUUGGACAAAAGAAUCAAAACUUGUAAACAUCCAGCUUUACUGCAGACACCGUUGGCGAUGGAGACUCUCUCAUACUAACUUCUGUUGGCGGGGUGGGAGAAUAGGGCAGGGAGAUUGUCUCUCUCCAGCCUGAAUAAUACCAGAAUGCAAAUUGUAUAGCUCCAUUUCCAGACUUCUUCUUGGCUGGCAUAAACAGCAUGAUAAAGAUCAAAACAAAGGUGCCCAGGAAAUGGCAAGGCUUGUCAUCCUGUUCUUUCUCAUGCUGACCUACUCCACUAGCUGUGCUUGUAGGGAAGAAAGAAUUAUUCCACAUAAACCUCAGAAAUGCAGAUAUAUAGCUCUUGGUGGUCUGCAAGCUUGCACUCUGUUACCAUGGACAACCGAGAAAGCACUGAGCUUACAUGUAAGGCCGCUGCUCUCCAGUUUGCAGUGUCUGAAUGUUACAAAAGAUUAGCUCUCUGAGCUUGAUGCAUUAACAUCUUUUCUGUAGAACUGAACUGAUUCUAUCACUGUGAUCCAGUUCUGCAUUGAAGCAAUGCACGUGUUUGGUUUGUAUACCCCUCCCAUUCCACUUAAAGGAUAAUCGAGCUUUAUUUAUGUUGUGUAUAUCAAUACUGGAGGCGGGGGGAGAAUGUCCCUAAGCUGUAUUUUAUAGAGGCCCAUAUUGAAAGUCAGCGCACUGAGAAAUGACUCAUAAUAUAAGCAUGGCGGUGGGGGUAGGGAGAGAGAAUUUCCUAUGUGAUCAUUUAUAAAUUUCUGGCCACUUAGUGGAAGCUGCAUUAUUAGAAACAUUUGUAUAUCUUAACAAAUGUAUGUUCUUUAUGUGCUUAAGGCUGGUAAAAUAUUUAAAUAAAGAGAGCUGUGUUAUCUGUUGUUUUGUGCUAAUGCAUUAUAUAGGGGACAUCAAGUUUAAGUACAGACUUCUUUGUUCACGUUUCAUACCGUCCUUUGCCUCUCACUAAUCAUGCAGAGGAAGGCAGCCAUAUAUGUUAACAGGAACUAUAAAUUGCUUUUGUCUGGUUAGCGGUAAUGCAUGGAAAUUAAAAGGGGUAGUGGGUAUAAAAUUGCUACCUCCAAAAAGCCAUUAUGAAUCUUCUCCAGUCCCUGUGAUGUUUAUGGAACUCGUUCUUUUUUGCUGUAAUAGCUUCGUAAAAAAAUCACCACGAGAAACGCACAGAGGAGAUCAGUGUUUAUAUUCACAUAAAUACAAUGCACUGUCUACUCUGUACAGGGUUUAUAGGAGAAUGUUGUUGUUGCUGUUAUUGAGGUGCUGAAAUUCACUACCCCCAAUUAAAACUGUGUAAUAUGAUGCAUAAUUUUUCGCCUCUCUUCUGCCAAAAUAAGACUCCCGUGGGCUUACAAAUAUGUACAUUAUUUAUUAAAUGCCACAAAAUAUGGACCCCCUUCCACUGACAGAGUACAGAUAGGAGAAGCAUUUGCAGGAUGCAGAUUUAAAGGUAUCAAUCAGAAAGUUCACGAGACAAGAACAAAUUAGAAUCCCUACAUAGCAUGAUAAAAUCCCAGGGACAGGGUUAUGAUGGGUUACAAAGUGCAAAUAGGUACAUAAAUAUAAUCCAGUGAAGAACUAUCAAUGUGCAAGCUUAUAUAGACUUUAUAAAAUUCAAUUGAGUUAAAACAGACAACUAUACAUUCUCUCAAAUGUCUAGAAUCUGAGAGUUUGAACAGAGUAAAUAUGUACUCAGAAACAGAGAAGCACUUGGUAUGCUGUCUAGCUACAGAGGGCUGGUGGGUGGCUGCUUAUCAUUUUGAACUUCUGUAUGGAUUGGAAGGAAUUAACCGUGUAAAACCUUCUAUCCUACUUCCAUAAAAGGACUUGCUCUUUGGCGUUUGAUUCAAAUUUGAGAUACUCAGGCAUGCAUUUUUGCAGCAUGUAAAUGUUAAAGCACUGUUAAUGGAGCAUGUCUUUUUCGGUCCAUAGCUGACUGUUUUCUUCUGACAUUGUAAAUCAUGCCUAUGGGAUGUGGUGGCCAUUGCCUAGGAACCUAGGGCCCAGACUGAAGCAUAAAUCCACCCCUACCAAGUAAAGGAAUACAAACAUCCAACAAUAACCUUAGGUUGAAAGAUACAUGGCUUUUGGCUAGUCCGUUAGUGUCCAUCAUAAUUCCUCAAAUAUUUUGUCUGAAAGGAACCUUUCCAUUUGGUUCAAACAGCAAUACAGUCGUACCUUGCUUCUUGAACAGAAUGCACUCCCGGAACCAUUCGAAAACCAAGGCGCAGCUUCCGAUUGGCUGCAGGAGCAUCCUGUAGCCAAUUGGAAGCCACGCCGGACUUUCGGCUUCUGGAAAUCGAUCAAAAACCAGAACACUCACUUCCGGGUUUUGAUCAUUCAGGAGCUGAUUUGUUCAGGAGCCAACGCAUUUGAGAUCCAAGGUUUGACUGUAAUUCAGUGGGAAUUCAAGUUAUAUUCCGAUUUUCAUUUUUUAUUUUAAAAAGGAACAAGCUACUCUCAACUUGUGUUAUGCCUGGAUGAUCUGCAUCUCAGAAGGGAUGAUCAGGAUGCAAGUCACAGAGCUGCAGGGUUAAUAUUUAUCAGAAUGUACAAGAAAAUUAGAGGAAGGACAAAUGAAAGGAUAUGUGAUCUGCUUAGCAUAAAAGGCUUUAAGAACAAGGAAGAAUGUGGAGGAAAGCAAGCAUCUCUUUGACAGCUGUGGGCUGUAAGCAGUUUGACCACUCAGAAAUGUGACAGCACAAGUCCCUGCAGGAUCAAGACCAGCAUCAUUCAAAUUCCAGGAGAGAUCCCAUAGGAGGACCUAGACAGGAUCAUGAAAUCCGGUCCAAGCUGACAAACUAUAAGGAAUGCAAUCCAAAUAACAAAGCUAAUUCCAGGCCAGAAUCAGAUACAAGGAGCUUACUUGAAGCAGGCACAAACAGGAAUGUCGAAGGGCAAAUAGGCGGAUAGUUAGGGCAGAUAUAUAACAAUAUUGAAAACCAGAUAUCACCCAACCCUAGUGUGUGUGUGUGUGUGUGUGUGUGUGUGUGUCAGAGAGAGAGAGAGCGAGAGAGCGAGAGAGAGAGAGAGAGAGAGAGAGAGCUCUUAACAUUUGUGUCACAGCCUGGUACUUGAUCUUUGUGUUUUAUUAAGCAAAAGAAAAACCUUAAACAUGGUGGCGAGAUUUGCAGCGACAUAUUUUAUCCACGUACGAUUGUUUUGCAUGUGUGAGUAAACUGAGUACAAAUAUGACACGAACAUUUUCCCAUGAUUAAUUCAUGGCACAGCCCUCUCGAGUUAAUAAAAAUGUAAAAGUAGCCCUCAGAGCAAUUUCAGUUGUGCAUCCUUGCCCUGUGAUUUUAUAUAGGGUGCCCAUGCUUCAAGAUGACCUGUUUAUUCUACUAUGCCCUAGUAUUAACUAUCCUGUGCAAAUUCUCCCUGAUGCCUAGGGCAAGGGAGAAGCUUUAGGAAAUGGAGUUGGACUCAGACUACCUGUGGCAGCAAUCUACCGAUUGGCGAGUGGAAAGAGAGGCCAUUUUUGCCUAUUCUCACUCAUUUUAGCCUUCUGUGCCCUUCAAAUACUGCUCCAGGUGAUCAGGGGAACCGCCAGAAUACAUGGGAGGUGGCACUGGGGACUGCUGGAUUCACUAUCUGUGAAUGGAACCAGCCCUUCUAUUAAUGGAAAGGCAACUCUGGAUCCAUCCCAGGGUGUGUGAACUCCCAUUUUAGAUUCGUAGAGAAGAAAUGUAAAAACUGGAAGGACUUGCACUUCCUGUUGUUUCUUAGAUUUCCCAUAAGUGCUCUAAGUGAGCUAAGCAUCAAGCCCUGGCCUGUAAUUAGCUAAUUCUGGAAGUCAACUUCCUCCUUGCUGUAUCUCUCUGUCGAUGCAGCUUCCAUUAGCUGCAGUCAGUGUUUCCAGACAUAAAUUGGUUAUAAUGAAAUUUUCUCCCCUUUGUUUUGAUGGGAAGAUAAAGUGCAGCCACAUUGCUGUCACCUGAAAUGCCACAAAACAGAUUUAAUUACAAGUUGCUAAACUAAGUUGGAGAGCUGAAGGUUAGAGUUGCUACUUGACUUUGAGGCUUUCAUUUGUGGCUAUUCACGUUAAUGACUUUCAGUCAAUUCAGAUUAACACACAUCCAAUAAGUUUCAAAGGGUAGCGCUUAUUACCUCACCACAAGCUAUCAUUACCAUUCUUUUGUUUCUUUUAUCUGUCAAACACAUUGCCAGAGGAAAGAAUGUCAUGCUUUAUUCAUAUUGUAAAUUCUCCGUAUGAGAUCCCAGAAAUAUUUGAGGAUGUUUGUUCUUUUCCUGUUACCGUGAGAUUAGAUCAGAGUUUCUAUAGUACGGUAGUGAUAGGAAAACACUUACUUUGGUACUUCACAUUGGCUUACUGUGCAGAAAUGUCCAAGAGCGUCUUCUCAGCAUAUCUCGGUAAAAUUAAGUUGAACAAAAAAAGGUGUGCAACAAGAUGUUCUUUUGAAAUGAACACAUGUGAGAAACAGUCCCAAUGGACUGCAAGCGGAUAAAACACUCAUUUUUAAAAACUUGAGUUUACUUUCCAAGACCACCUGCCGCCUACAGAUCUGUCUGUUGUAAAUGUUAAUUCACAGUUGAUCAGCUGUAAACACUGAUUUCCUUGUAAUUAGGUGGAUUUUUAAAAAUCUUAAAUUAUUUUACAAUAAAAAUGGAGAGUGGUAUACAUUUCUUCACCUGCUUUUCCUUCUGGAUCUGUACCUGUCUCACCCACCUCUGCCACACAGCCCCGGAAGGGUGUCUGUCAAGGAGCACAGCUCCCAGGCCAAAAAAAGGUUCUCACCCUUGCCCACAAUUAAUAUAGACAUUUCCACUGUGGAUGUCAUGAGUAUUCUUAUCCCACGUUAUGCUGCCAUGUGAUGUGACUAUUGGCAAACCUAUUUGGAGUUUUGCAACCUUCUGACUAGUUGCAAGACCUUAGCCAGACCUAGCAGAGUACACUCAGAAUCCACAGAAGAAAUUGGCGACUUGGCUGCAGACAGGAUAGACGAAGCAGGAACCAGGAACUUGUAGUUAGGUGUUUAUUAUAUACAGUGGACUAUUUACAGGAACAGAACACAGAUCUUUGCUCUCUCUGACACAACUCACAACCUCCUGCACUCACACAGAACUCUGAACUCACGAACCUCUGAACUAACACAUUCCAGUUAGUAGGCCAUUAAUUAUCACUCCCUUGAGAGAGCUUGACCAAUCAGGGAGUGGUCUCCAUGUCUCUGUUAUCACCAGGCAGACUUACUCCUUCAGAUUGCCUUCUGGCUGUCUGCCAAACCUUAAUUGACUCUGUGUGAGUCAAUUAACACAGUUUCCCAACAGUGACACUAGGCUACCACCAUGUACAUUGAGGUACAUGUAUCAGAACCAAUUUGUAAUGUGUGGAUUGACACUGAAGCCUCUUUGUCUUUAAGCCUGGGACCAUACACAAAUUUCCCUGGAAAUACUAAACUCAAUGGAACUUGCUUGCAAGUACAUAUGUCUAGGAUGUGGCUGCAUGAUUAUUUUUGUCCAUUCCUGGUCUGUUUAAUUUUCUUUCCCCCCAACAUCCAAAGGAUCCUUGAUUUAAUGUACUCUACCAUCUCUGCCCAAUUCUGCAGAGCACCUGCUCUUCUACUUUUGACUGUCAGAGGCCAUGCUACCCAUUCAGUGCAUGAUGGAUGAUUAUUUACUUUGCUGUCUCUGCCGUAGUCUAGACUUCCUUACUUUCCAUUUUCACCUCAUGGCCUCAUUCACUGUUUGUGCUGGUGGCUUUAUUUCUCCCUUGUCUGAUGUCAUUCUUGGCUAAUAAAUCUAUUGGUAGCUAUGUUCUUCCUCCAAAACUCAAGUGAUUUAGAUUAUUUGCAUCUGGGAUGUAUCUUAUGUAAAUCUUCAGCUGUUACUGCUUCUCUCUAUAAAUAAUCAGUUACUUAAAGUUAGUUCUCAUUGAAAUAAAUGAGACUUAAGUCAUGUCUAACUCGUCCCAGUGGUUUCAAGUAAGUUAAACUUAGUUUGGAUACAGUCCAUAGUUAAUAUUGAUGGAAACAGAGCAGGAAGAGAUUGAUAACUAAGCUGGUGUUGUCUUGAUAAUGAGGUACAGAACUUAAAAUAUCAUAAUCAACAUUGUUUACUAAAUAUAAUAUUUGGGGUAUUCUUUGGCAGAAGAAAGCUUCAGUCUACUUUUUGUUUCCAAUGGUGGCUGGGUAUGAAAAUGUUCCCCAUACCCUAUAUCAGUCUUCAGGUACUUUCUUCUGCAUGCCUAACACAUUUUCAGUUUUCUGAGUGAGAUGGGAAUAGCUUAACCAUUUUUUUCUACAAAGUGUCAGGGACUCACAGGGCUCUGAGGAGCACGUGGAAGAGGUAGCAAGGCCAGAGGCUGAUGCAGGGGAAGCGAGUAGCUUCUGAGCAGAAUUCAAAGUGUUGGUGCUGACCUUUAAAGGCCUAAACGGCCUCGGUCAAAUAUAUCUGAAGGAGCGUCUCCACCUCCAUCGUUCUACCCAGACACUGAGGUCCAGUGCCAAGGGCCUUCCGGCGGUUCCCUCACUGUGAGAAGCGAAGUUACAGGGAACCAGGCAGAGGGCCUUCUCGGUAGUGGCACCCACCCUGUGGAAUGCCCUCCCACCAGAUGUCAAAGAGAAAGACAACUACCGACUUUCAGAAGACAUCUGAAAGCCGCCCUGUUUAGGGAAGCUUUUAAUGUCUGAUGCAUUACUGUAUUUUAAUGUUUUGUUGCAGGCCACCCAGAGUGGUUGGGGAGGCCCAGCCAGAUGAGCGGGGUAUAAAUAAAUAAAUUAUUAUUAUUACUAUUAUUAUUAUUAUUAUUAUUAUUAUUAUCAUUAUUAUUAGGUUUUGUGCCUCCCAUAAGACAGGAGCCAUAGCUGGAGGAUGAGGAGGGGUCUGAGUAGUCAGAGAUGGUGGAGGAAGGUCAGUUGAUGGCUGAAGAGAGAGGGCUGGCAAAAUUCACCCUGUCCCCUCACCCACUGCUCCCUAGGAUCUGGCAGAAGGGGAGGGGGCAGCUUAAAGAGCCAGGCACACUUCAAUCUAGGAGAAGUCACAGGUUGCUUGUACUUGUGCCAUCAGACUAGAGCACUUAAGUUGGCAUGUAGGCACGGCCCCCUGUUGCUCCAGCUGUCUGGCUCGAGGCACAAGCCUGGGGAGGGAUGGCAGCUGCCUAGCCAUUAUAAGUUCAUAAAUAAAGAAUUAAAUAAAUAAAUAAAGUUCAUAAAUAAAGAAUUAAACUAGUGGCUGGAUAUGCUCAAGACAGUAAGAGGCAAUAAUUAAUAAUAAUAAUUAAUAAUAAUAUCGUUUCCUAAUAAUCCCUGAGAAUAGGUGUACCAUUUUUCAGCUUCCUGAGCCCCGUGGAAGUAUUUCCGGGCCAACUCAAGGCAGUUUUUUUUCUGAGCAGUUAGAGGCUACAGUAAGAGUAGGAUUGUGGAAGCCACGGGUGGGCCCAGUGAAGGAGGGAAUCCAGCUAAUGACACAGUGGCAACAGGAUCAUUCCUCCUCCCCUUGGAUCCAGCCCCUCCCAUGGAUCUGGGGGUGGGGGGUUGAAUAAGCAGAUGGCGGCUCAGAAUAAUGGUCUUGCUGAGGUUGCGUAACAUCAUGCUUAUGUUUGAGCAGGCCAAGCAAAAUGCCCAGACCUAGCCACAGUGCCAGGAACUCCAGCUGGCACUGUCAAUUUGUUUGUUCCCUCCCAUGCAAAUUGCUGGUGCUAGCUGCUUUGUUUCCUCCAUGAGUUGUUGAAUGAAGCCCCAUGCUUGUUUGCAGUGCUUUUUUUCCCUAAAAAAAAAUGUUUAGGGGUACUCUCAUUUUCCUACUCAAAUUGAAAUACUGCCCCUCAAUGAGGCCAAAUUUAGAUAUAUAUUUUUUUAAAAAAAAUUUAAUCAUUUUUUUCAAUACAAAUAACAACGGCAAAAGACACAUGCAACCAAAACCAUAAUAACACAAUUUGACAAUUCAGAUUUGAAUACGCAGAUAUACCUAUGACUACACCUUUUUAACAAUAUUUUCCCACCUCUCUCUCCUCCCCCUACUUCCCACCACUAUCCGCCUAAUCACUUAAAUAUUCCUUCCAGAUUUCUUCAUAUUUAUCCAUUCUUAAUUUGCAUCGACAUACAAUUCAUUCGUAUGUAGCUAAUCUGCCCAUAUUAUCAAUCCAUGUGCUCAAUGGAAUCUUUUUGCGGCUCUUCCAAUUCAUCAAAACAAGUUUUUUUGCUUCUAAUAUAGCACGGUACAUCCAUUUUUUUUGACCCCUUGUAAUCUCCCAGGCCAAACUUAGAUUCACAAAAUGUUUAGGGGUAUACAUACCCCUGCGUCCUCCCAGAAAAAAAGCACUGCUUGUUUGCAUACCUAGAACUGCACCAACCAUGACUCCACAUUGCUGCUCUCCUAUAAACCAAAAUAUACAAGUAAGGGAAAUCCAUUUCACGUUUUUAAAGCACCAGCCCUGCUGUAAAUAUUGCAUAUAAGUCUACAGAUUUUUCAUCAACCUCAUGAUCCUCAUGCCUAUUAAAGUUUAAUCUUCAGAUUUUUCUCAGGGACAUUUUUUUUUCAUGGAACUCUUUUUGGUUUGGUAAAUUAUUAAUGUCAUUAAAAUUUAUAAUUUUCCUUCAUUACCUCUAGGAAAAUAGGAGUUUUUAAUGUGAAACAUAAUUGUCUCAUUUUGCAAUUUGUGUUAUGAUAACUGAAUGCAGCUAAAGCAGAUUUAAAUAUUUCCCCUGAGCAAAAUAGCUAGGUAUUGCAAACACAAUAAUUGAUGUUCUUUGUCUGCAAAUAAAUAAAUACACAAAUGGAUUGAGUACUGGGAGCCUGAGAUGCUUUAAAAUAAUCUUUGGGUUUAACUUCCUGAAUGUUCAGGAAGAUUAAAUAUUCAGUAUGUAGUUUUGGGGGCUGAAAUGGUGGUGGUGGUAGAAUGUUUUUCCCCAGAGGCCUCCAAAGAGCAUUAGCUGCCUGUGGGAUGCUGCCUCUUACAGAAGCUAGCAAGCAAAGCAAGCAGUACCUUCCACUGACAUAGGUGCUGCCCCUUCCAUUCCCAGACCAUAGGUUAUUACACUAAGAUCACUACAUCUCAUCUAUGCCUUAGAAGGGGAAUGUGGGGUUAACAGAAGUUCUUACAGAGUUAGCAAAGUUAACAGACAAACUGCGAUAAAAGGACAAUAGGGACUUUGAAAAAGAAUUGGAACCUUUUACAAUAUAUUUUCAGAAACAACAACAAGAAAUGGACUUGUUGGCAGGAUUUAAAUAAACAUUUACAACUUUAUUUACACGAAACAAGAAAUAUAACAAUGUGAUAACAUAGUAUUAUAUACGAACAGCAGAAUGUAUCAUUUGAUGCAAUAAACCAGAAAUGGAAGCUGGGGGAAGUCAACAGGGAGGGGGGAAUUGAAAAAUGAAUAUUUAGUAUUGAUAUUGGAAAUUUGUUUUGAAAAUGUAUAAUCAAUAAACAACAACAAACAGAAGUUCUUAUAGACUACAUUCUGUCUCCCCCAUCUAGCAUAUUUUUAGAUGUGUGAGCUACUUAGAUGUGGUUCUGUCUGUUUGUCUCAAUCUCUUCCCCACACCCCUGAGUUUUAAGAACAACACUGAAGCUCAAACACUUCCCAUUGUUAAUACAGGCAACCCCCAUUUACGUGUGUUCAAUAUGUGUGCAAUCAUGCACACGUGCAUCAUGCUGAACCCUGAAAGUGACCAGAAAACGUCACAAGAGGGGUAGGGGGUGGAACGGGGUGUUUGCAGGCUUUUCCAGCGGUGUCUCAAAUAUACACAAUUUCACUUAAAUGUGUGGUGCCUUGGAAUGUUACCCCCACAUAAACUGGGUGUUGCCUUUACAGUGCUACCUUGGGUUAAGUACUUAAUUCAUUCUGGAGGUCCGUUCUUAACCUGAAACUGUUCUUAACCUGAAGCACCACUUUAGCUAAUGGGGCCUCCUGCUGCCGCCAUGCCGCCAGAGUAUGAUUUCUGUUCUCAUCCUGAAUCAAAGUUCUUAACCCGAGGUACUAUUUCUGGGUUAGCGGAGUCUAUAACCUGAAGCGUCUGUAACCCGAGGUACCACUAUAUAACCAAACCUGGAAAUAGUUUCUUAUGCAGCCUCCCCCGCCCCCCGUUAACUAUUUAAAUAAAUACUCUGUAUGGGAAAUUGGUAGCUUUCGAAUCAUCAUGUGCUGUCGGUCGUAAGUUGUGAGAAUUAUGUCAGCUUCUCAUAAUACGUUUGCCACCGAGGCGUUUCCCCUGGCCACAAGAGUAAGAAAAUAAUGAGACUAUUAAGUACAGCUAUGCUUGAUCAGACCAAAAAGCAAUGCCUUGCAUGUACCGUUGGGUUUAAUAUAGCUUGUGUUCAUCGGUAUGAUCUUGAUUGGAUGUAAUUGACUUUAAAAGAAGAAGGACUGAUGCAAAAGAGACACACUCUUGCCUGAAACCCCAGAAAAAAAUCUUGAGUAAUGUUAUCCCAGGCACCAAGAAUCUCGCUCCCUUUACAGAUUAAGUUGCAUAAAGUAAGCGACAUUGUUGUGCCACAAGCACAAGUGGAGGGCAGGACAAAACAAGGUGACUCAUGUCAAAUGUGUUUUCCUAUCCCUUCCAAAAUAGUCAAUUUAAUCAGAUGGAAUAUUCUCAGAAAGCAUGGAUGCUCUGACAAUAUCCUAUGGCACCUGUCAUUUAGAAAGAGGGGGGGGGGAUCUUCCUGGAUUUAUUUUCUUUAGUUCCAAGAAAAAACCAUGUGCUUUUAAAUGAGCUGUUAUUUAGCUAGUAACCUUCGGAUGGUUUUCCAUUAAUACCUUGGUCUGAAAUCUGUCCUCCAUCAUCACCAUCAUAUUAUGGCACAGGAUAGAAAACACUACAAAGAAUAGGUUCAGAUUAUACUUAUCUCGUAAAUUUAAUAAGCUGUGGUUAUUUACUCGUACAUUAAUACAUGACGUAAGAAUGCCAUUUAGUGAGGAUCCUGAUUAUUCCCCAGGAAUAUCUAUAUUUCUGGCCACUUGAUAGGCUCUGUGUAAUGAGUGGUGGUUUUUAUGGUUGAUUUAAUUGUCUUGUAUUUUAGGGCAUGCAUGCCAUAAGUGCAAGCUCCUUUGAUUAAAAAGUGCCUGUUUAUUCUGUUGAUAGUUUUGCUAUAGCUAUUAUGAGAAAAUAUACAGCAAUCCAACAAAUGUUUUAAAUUGAAGUUUCAAUUUGUGACAAAUGGUGGGAUUAUAUUGUACGUUGCUUUAGGAUGCCCCAUGGGAAGUGAGUCAUAAAUGAAAUUAACAACCACCACAACAAAACAACCACAACUGUCUUCACAUGAUAAGUCUGAAUGAAGAAGAAAAAUGCCGUAGAAGCAUAAAUUUCCUCCAUUUUAAUUAUUCUACCUAUUUACUUAUUACACUUAGACUUCACUAUUCCCUUGUGAAGCCUGAGAAAAAUAUUUGAACCUAUUAAUAAGUAGUUCCUCAUCCAGACACUGAACAAAUUUAUCCACACUUCUGUUCACCCCGCCACUUUCCCGGGGGGGAAUUGAUGGUUUAGAGCUGAAAUUGAUGGGUUAACACAAUUGGGUUUUCUGCAGAUUGCAGUUUAUUCCGAUUUCGCACUAAAGAGCAGCCUUCCUAGGGAAACGCAGUGGGGCAAAGGAAAAGCCACUCAGACCCAUGCCUAGAAAGGAUGGGGCAAGCAAAAGGUUGCUCGGAGCCAUGCUUUCUAGGCACAGAAUGUCCUGUGUGGAUGAGGUCAGAAAAUGGCUAAGUUUUCACUAGGUAAGAGCACCGAGUUCUCGCCGUCUCAGUUAUUUUCUGUUUUUUAAAAAAUGUCCUCAGUAAUAUAUAGGUGUUGGACUUCAAUAAAUAAAAGAUUCAUUCAAAAUACAAUUUACCAUGGAAGUGGAUUCUAAUGAAUUUGUUUCUUUCCUCACAGGAAAUCAGCGACAAUGAAAUUUUGGAACUGGUGCACAGUGCUCUCGGGAGGAUGACCGUCAUACGGCAGAUCUUCCCUCUGUCAAGAGAGAACAAUCAACGAUGCAUGAGGAAUAACCACCGGAUAUCUUCGCUCCUCUGUGACCCACAAGAAGGUUAUCUUCAAAUGCUUCAGGUCAGUAGCAUAUCUGUUGAGUAAGAGGGCCCAUCCCUUCUCUUUUCCCUGGGAGGAGGUCAUGACCUGUGACUUUACUAGGAAAGUUUCACAGGAGUAAUAGAACAGGAGAAAUGCAAAUGGAAGGACUAAGGUCUCAGUGUAUUCCACAUACAGGAUGUAAAUGGCUGUUAGCCAACCCUAUUAUUUCCGCCCCCUAGUUUCCAAAUGCUUUAGAUCUAAUUUUAUUGGCAGUCCAUUGCACUGACUCCUGUCAAAUCCUCUUGGGAUGCUAUUUUAUGUAAAAAGUAUGUUAUGUUCUAUUGCCAUGUAUUAAGCAAUUUCAUAGGCACAAAUGUAUUGACUAGGGAAGUUGAACAUGGAAAUUUUGACAAGAGCUCUGCUGAAAUGACUUACCUGGUUUUUGCAUUCCUUGGCGUGUGUUGAAAUUUGCAAUUUUUGACGCUUGAGAAUAUUCUCGUGUGGUUUGGUUGUGUGAAUAUAGAUAACCGCCACAACCCUAGAAAGAGCUAAGCACUCCUAAGCUCAUUCAGAAUUUCUGACCCAAUAUCCUUUAAAAAUCAAAUAAGACUAAACAAACUGUCAUAGCCAGGAAUGUGAGAAUUAUAUUCAAAAUGUCCUCACAGGUACAUUGGAUUCAUGUUUAUACAUUAUCCCAUACCUAGAAGCAAGCAGGAAACUCAAAUUGUGGGGAAAGGAAAGAGAAUAGGACUUUUCAUUGAUUGUAAGGAAGUCAUAGGAAGAUGCUACAUCAAUAGUCCACUAUUCUGGAGGUCCGUUCUUAAGCUGAAACUGUUCUUAACCUGAAGCACCACUUUAGCUAAUGGGGCCUCCUGCUGCUGCCGCACUGCCGGAGCACAAUUUCUUUUCUCAUCUUGAAGCAAAGUUCUUAACCCGAGGUACUAUUUCUGGGUUAGUGGAGUCUGUAACCUGAAGCAUCCGUAACCUGAAGUGUCUGUAACCCAAGGUACCACAGUACUAUUGUCCCAAUUUCCUGUUGGUGGGCUUCCUAUACACACCAGGUUGACCGCCAUGGAUUCUGGGCUAGAAAAGCUUUUUGGUGUGACCCAGUGGGGCUCUUAAGUUACUUCCCCACCCCACCUCAUUGCUGGAGUCAAAGCACCUCCUCUUGGGCCGUUGGAGAUUCUGCACCUGCUCAGUCUUCCUGUUCCCAGUUGCAACUGAAGCAGUAGAACAGGAGUGAUGAUUAUAUUAACUGCUCCCCCCGCUAGACCUCAGAUGUUGCUUAGAAUGUGAAUGGUAAAACACUUACUGCUUUCUCUGCCAGAUUGGAAAGAGUGUUUCGGUGUUGUUCUUUCCUUUUGAAAUGUCCAGUAGUCAUCAAAUCAAGUUAAUAUGGAGUAAUAAAUAAUACCUGGCCCCCUUUCUUACUAGCUGUUGCUGGCUCUGUUUUGCUAUACCAAGCAAGCAGAUUUCUGCCAUCUUCUUAGGGUAGUAUUUAUUGGGGCAAAUAAAUGCAACUACUUAGAAUAUAAGCCAAUAAAGAAAAAAUGUUUAGGUCACAGCAUAUUAACUUUAAUCUGAUAGAAUUAGCUAAAAUUCUGCCGAAGCUACUUGGUUCUGAAUGUCCUCAUGAACAGCACCCAAAGGUUUUCUUUAUUGGUGACAAACCUUGUAAAGCUCUGUCUGACAAGCCUAGUAAAACUGUCCAUAAAACUCAGACAGUGGAGCACAUCUCUCCUAAAUUGUGUGUGCUUUGACUGUGCAGUGCCUACCUUAUUCCAUCAGAUCUCUUGCCAGCAUUGUCUUCUGGCCCUCAUUUGGAGCCAUGAAGCCAAAUGUUUAAAUAAAUUUAGGUUUUGUUUGUUCCAAAUCUCUCAAGUGGGAGGAUUUUGAUGGAAGGUCUUGACGGUAAGUGUAUGGGAGGCAGAGGAUGAGUUUGGGAGGCAUGUUACUACAUUCUGAAUCGUGGUAGAAGCCCUGCUUCAUCACACACAGAGACCCUAUCAUGGCAACAUGCCACACACUGAUUUACGUUCGAGUGGCACUUUUCUAUGAGUUGCAGAUGUUUCUGGGAUGCGCUCUCACUUUGACCAUUUUACCCUAUUGCUCUGCUUUAUGCUACACAUUUCUGCCCUGCUGACCUCCUCAUCCCUGUUAAACUUUAGGCCUUGGGAUCCAGAUUGGCUUUGCUUUGCAGACCUUUGAUCUGGCUAGAACAACGUGUGUGGAACAGCAGCAGCAUGCAUUGGUUUAAAUGCCUAAAGAGAACCUACAAGUAUACGCAUAUGGGUUCUCUUCUGACAUUUAAGCAAGUGCACAUGAGUUAGGUGAAGAGUCUUCUGUCAAGACAAAGCUUGCCUUUAUGUGCAUUUAUUCCACCCAGAUUCAAAAUCUGUCAAGGUCUUUCACUGGGGCAGUGGCACACCUCAGGGUAGACAAUUACAUUUCCACACUGUAUUAAUUUAUUAACAUACCUCUAACCCAAGCUAUAUCAGUUUUUUUUUAAGUGGGUUUUUUUGGGGGGGGGGGAGCUAUUGGGUUGUUGUUUUUAUUUUGAUUACGUAUUUUGUGGUUUUAUAUUUUGAUUUUAUUCUGUGAACCGCCCUGGGACCUCCAGUUAUAGGGCAGUAUAUAAAUUCAAUAAAUAUAGAUAUCAGUUGAUCUCAGGACAAGAUACAGCAAUCAAACCAAAAAACAUGAAGCGUAACCAAUAAUAGUCAUGUUCAGCAUAAAAUCUUAAAUGCUGAGCACCAGCAAACAUCACAAGCAAGUCAAAUUCUAAGCUAUUCUCACAAUAGGCCAAAUGCCUGAGUAAAAAGCCAGGUUUUAAUUUGGUGUGGAGGACAGCCCUCUCCCACCUCACCAGAUCUUAACUUUAAGGCAGGAAUAUGUAGUGAGAGGUGCUCUCUUAAGUAUCAUGCUCUCAAUCCAUUCAGGGUUCUAAACAUUAUGACAAACACUGUGAAAGUGGGGAGGAAGCAUAUUGGCAGCCAGUUCGAUUCCUUUAGGAUUGGUGUUGAACUGCAAACUCACUUCCACCUUUUGCACUAUCUACAAGUUGCAUGCCAUUGUCAAGGGCAGCCCCAAGCAGAGUGUAUUGCAGUAGUCUAACUGGGAGCUUAUAUGGAGCAUGGACUGCUGUGGCCAGACUCUCUUUCUCCAGGAACAGUUGUAGCCAGUGGGCCAGCAAAAAGCACCAUGAACCACUGAAACUACUUGAACUCUGACGACUCUAGGAGCAGUCUCAGACUGUGUACCUGUUCCUCUAGGGGGAGGCAACUAGCUAAGUCUAGAGCAAGUCUGUUACUCAAUUCCCAAAUAUGCACUGCAUGCUAGGAAAAUGGUUGUCCCAUUCUUCACUCUAUUGAUCAUAUAUGAGCUAUUAAACACUAACCAACAGUUUCUGGCUGAGGGCCCUCAACUAUUUACCCUGAACCUGGGAGUCAACUGCAGUAUCUCUUGCACACUUCAACUGGAAAUAUGUGUCACGUUAACAUUGCUUCCCACAAUGGAGACUAAUUUCAUCUUAAUGGGACAAUUGACCUAUAAGUUCAGACAUCUUGCCAUCAUUGGAAGUCACCAGUGAUGUGACCUGGAGGCAAGAAGAAGCACACAGUGUUGCACUGCUAGAAUGCGAGUAAGUUGUCCUAGACAGAAUAAGGGUAAUUUACUGUUGUGAGCACAGAUUUUCAAAAUGUCUCCUGCUCUAUUAUUAGUUGUGCUGUGUGAUGCAGAUCAUCCAUUACCCCUGAAAUAAUAUAUUUACCAGCUAAGGUGUAGGGUUUCUGUUAUUACUGAAAAAUAAUUUCACAGCUCUGUGCUUCUGGGGUGUUUUUUUUAAAAUGUUAUUUCUAUUCACAUUUUGUGUGUGCUUGCAGGAACUGAUUUACCUAAACUCAGUAUGUUCUUUUGAGUUUUUAUAUUUAAAAUAUGGGAUGAAAGGAUCUGAGGCAGCUGACGUUACUCCAUCUAAACCCAAAAAAUAAAAAGCAUUUAUAGUACCGUGGGGGAUUGAAGUAGUUAAACACACAUGCUAUGAGCUGAGUUACAAGUUCUUAGUUCAAACAUAAUCUUAGCCAUGAAGUCAUAGACUUCUAAUUUGUCACUUUGGGAACAGUUUGCUGGACUAGAUGGGCAGGCUCUUUUAAUGUUCAUUGAGUGCUUUUACAUAAACCAAUAGCUUCAGACCUUAUUCACCUUGAGCUGUAAUAUGACCUACUUUACAGGUUUGUUGUAGAUGUAAGGUUAUUUUGAACUUCAGUCUGCAGAGCCAACAACAACAACAAAACAUUCUUGACGUACAGUAGAUAUUAACAAGCUUGAGGUGCAGUACCCCAUAGACCAAAGGCGGAACAGAAGUCUCCCAGUGCUACUGAUUGGGUUUGUCUUUUCAGAAAGGCCCAGAGCCAAUAAAAAAUGGUGGCAAUCCAAUAAGAUGAUCUAGGAGGAAACCAUGGUCAAUGGUACUGAAAGCUGCCAAGAGGUCCAGAAGAACAAGCAGGGUUACAUUCAACCCAUCCAUUCCCUGGUGUAGUCAUCCACCAGGGUGAUCAAGGCUGUUUCCAUCCAAUAGCCAGGCCAGAAACCAGAUUGCAAUGGAUCUAAGUAAUUACUUUCCUUUAAGACUGCCUGGAAUUGAAAUGCCACCACUCUUUCAACGUUACUGAAGAACGAAAUAUUUGAUACCGGACAGUAAUUGCUGCCCUUUUCAAAAGUGCCAGCACAGCCUUUUGCCAAUGCUCUGCUCUUCUCCUUGACUUCAGCAUUGCAAAAUUGCACUAUGCAGGGAUUUGGAAGGACUGAUGUUUCAACAGCACCAGGGGGUCAUAUCUGUAUCAGUCACUACUAUGGCUACUGCCUGCCCAAGCAGUUCCUGAUGUUUAUAAGAGCAGUCUGUUAGUUUUAUCUUGACUGCUGUAGUCCAUUCUAAAUAUCUGUUAAGGAAUAGGGAAAGAAUAUAUUUCUCCUACUCCACCAUGUUAGAUCUUAGUUAACAUUAGAAGUAAUAUUGCUCUAUGUACAGCCCCUCUGAGAACCUUUCAUCAAAGUCAAUAGUCCAUGGAUUGAUUCUGGAGAUAAUUCUGGGGUCUUUGGAAUGUAUGUUACUACAGUGGAACCUUGGUUCUCAAACGGCUUAGUUGAUGAACGAAUCGGAUCCCGAACACCGAAAACCUGGAAGUAAGUGUUUUGGUUUUCAAACAUUUUUCAGAAGCUGAACGUCUAACGCAGCUAGAGUGCUUGAGUGCAGGAAGCUCCUGUAGCCAAUUGGAAGCCACGCCUUGGUUUUUGAACGUUUCGGAAUUUGAACAAAUGACAGCAUCAUCUAUGAGGUCCAGCCCACUGGCAGAGGAAGAGGAGUGUGGGGGGAGUGCACCGCCCCCGGCAGUGCGAUCCCCAGGGUGCCAUUGCAGCUGCCCCCCUGCCUGCACUGGGCGCCCUACCCCCGCAGGCGGCGCCCCCCGCCCCCAGGACGCACCCCUUGCCCCUGCAGGCAGCGUGCCAUGCCUCCGGGACCCACACCCUGCCCCCACCUUCUCUCCACCCCCGGUGCUGGAGCAUGAAGCUCUGCCACUGGUCCAGCCAUGUGGACAUGCCUUUCAAAGUGCUUUGGAAAUAUGUGAAGGAGAAAUGUGGUUUGAUAUGGGAUGAUAACAGGAAAAGAACAGGAAUAGAAUUUGUGUGAAUAACCCAAUGACUGUCAGUCUGCUCUCAGAAACAGAAGCCAAGUCAUUUUUGUCAAUCAGGGGUUGUUGGGGGGUUUUUGCCUAAGGGACACGGUUGAGAUUGAAUUUGUGUCCUCUGAUUACUAUAAAUCUUUUGUUACUCUCAGAAGGAUGUUGAUUCUGUGGGGGGGGGGUUAUGCAAGUAACUGAAGGACACUUGUUACUUGAAAGAUAUGAACAACAGAGACAGAGAGAAAUUGUUCAGGGAGUUAUAACUGUGUGUAAAAGAGCAAAAUGAAGAAAAAAGAAAUGAAAACCGAGUAUUGGUGAAAAUUCCCUGACAGGGUGAUCCAUUAAAUAGUGAAAGAGUUGCUGAAAGAAAUGACUGUAAGUCUUGUCACUUGAGUCUUUUAAAAACUAGAAUGGACAAAGUAGCAGAAAAUAGCUGUAUUUAAAAAAGGAGAAACCUCACUGUCAUAUGAGAUGGACUGAAUCUAUUUGAAUGGCUCUUUUGUUUUUGCUCUUCUUUUUUCUUUUGGGUCCCCCCCCCUUUUAUGAAGAAACCUUACAAUACAAAUUACAGAGUGCAAACAGUACAUAAUUUUUCUUUUGUUUCAAAUAAAACAAAAGAAGACGCUUUUCAGUCUGCAAAUGCUGAUCCCAUAAGUAUGUCAACCACAAACUUCAUCUAUUUCUGACUUGGAUGAUUUUUAAUUAUUCCAAACUGUAACAUACUUUUGGGGGUAGAGGGGGACUCGUUGUUUUAUUUUUAUGUAGGAUAAGAAAGAAAGCCAUUUGACACAACAAAAUCUGUUUCUGCUUUUUCUAGCCCUUUGGUCACAAAAACCUGAUGGGGAAGCUUCUCUGCUACUGCUAGCUUCCAAAGCCUGCUGUGCCAUCAAUCUCUCCAAUUUUGUGAUUUUUCUAGAACACAGCUUAGAAAAGGGAAAGAGUUGGGAGGGACUGGUCCAGGAGAAUGAACAGUAAAGGGUAAGACCAGAAGGGAGGGGUCUAAGAAGAAAAGAACAAAUUGGAAGGGGAAUAGCUGAAGUAAGGAAGGUUGAUGCUCAUGUAUAUUGGUUUGAAACUCUGGACCAAAUUUUUGCCUAAAGCUUUCUCAUUUCCUAGGUCAUUUUAAAGCUCGCUUUACAAGCAUUUGUGUGCAAAACUGCUUCCAAAAGAAAUUGACUUUUUUGCAGGAUCAAAAGUAUGGGGUAGCAACUCCUUGAUAGGAUGUCAUCUAACUUCCCCACAAACAAAUCAGAAUGAAUGGUCAGUAAGCAUCCAGCGUCAUAUAACCUUCCCACAAACUUCGUACAGAUGAGGCAGGAUGAGUUCUGUUUUGGCUCGACUCUGUCUCUUUGAGCUUUAAGUAUAUAGUAGAAUUUCAUAAUACCUUACCAUGUGAAUACACAUGGCUCUAAAACUCCAGAAAAUUCUGCCUCUGGAAGAGUGGCAUGUGUUUCAGUUACCUCCAUCUGCUACAGUCUUGACAGAUGACAGUUGUGUCCACUCAUGGAGUGUGCUUGGCAACUGAAAGUCUUGGGAUACUCAGCCUGAGAACACAUUAUUCAAGCAAUGGCAUCUGGCAAUCAGCUUGCUUUCCUAGUUUGUGUCUCUCCCCAUUGUCCUCUUGUCUAACUCGAUACCUAGCCUUGCUGACUAUUCUGAACCUGCCAUAGGUAUGAUACUGGGUCAUUCUCCUGCUGAGCUGCCUUAUUCUCCUGAAAGAUGUUUCUUUUUGAUUAAAGGAACAGAAAGUUUGAAAGAGUAACUUCCAAAAAAAGAAAGAAAGAAAUUGAUCCUGAUCUAUUGAACUUGCUCAGCAGUAGAACGUUCCAAGUUGUAGGCAGGUUCCCCCCUUUUCACCAUUAUAUCCUCUUUGUUCCUGACUGCUGGGUGAGGUUGACAGUUCACCAUACCAGUAAUUUGCUCCUGGAUUUCCAAGUCCCCUUUUAACCUAGUUUGGAAUGGACCCUGUAUGGGGUUGACCUACACACAUACACUUGAUUUUGAUUUGAUUUACCUUCCUUCCUCAGCACUUUCUGACUCGGAGCUUAAUGUGUGAAGUGGCUCCAGUGACGAGCAUCAAUUUUAGGCCACACUGGAUGAUACCAAAACUUCUCUGAAGUGUUUGAUCUGGGAUUAUUCAUUAAUGUGCGAAUCAUCCCAUAGUGCAAGAUUAUACAAGUACAUUCUGAAGGAAAUCCCAGUGUUCAGCGAGGUGUAUUCCCAGGCAAGGAAGUAUAGGAUUGCAGCCUUAAUGCAUCAGUGAAGGCCCUUUGCAUGUAACCUUCACUGGAUGGGGGCUGUUCUAACAAAUCUCUUUUCUCAGGGCUAUUUUUUCAGCCAGAACUCACUUAGUUCUGGGACCUCUCAGGUGGGCACCAUUGCCAUUAUAUGAAAACAAGGGAUGAAUUCAUGGUGAGUUCCUGCACCUCCUUUUCUAGCUGCAGUUUGACAUAUGAAAGGGAGCUUCUUGUGGCCAUGUUGACCAAGUUUCCAAACAAGGUGAUGCUGGCAUGGUGAGGAGCUACAUUGGAGGGUUCCUUCCAUGAAUACUAGGUCUUCAUUCUGACAUCACUUGCUGAACAUGUUACACUACCAGAGCUCCUGAAAAGAUACUCAAAGAACAUGGAUUAUAAUGAAGAUGGACAAUAUCACCAAUUAUUUCAGGAUGUAUUAUGCAAAAGUAAUAAGAAGUACUUUUGUAUGUGUCUAGUAAAAGGUACCUGGGUCUUGCAGUGGAGAUGGUUGUCUUGCUGUUCUUAUGUGCAUAUUUAGAAAUGUAUUGAAAGUAACAAAGGGGCUUCUCCAUUGUGGCAUCCUGACUUUGGAACUUCCUCCCCCUUGAAAUCAACCUAUAUUUCAGGCACUUUUAGGCACCAGGUUAAAACCUGCCUUUCUGCUCAGAUUUCUAAGCUUUCACUUGAGGUGGUUUUAACGGCCGUUUCUACUCUUGCGUUUUUAGUGUAUUGUGUUUGGUUUUGUGAAAUGUUAUUUUUACCUGCUCAUAGAUCUCCAGAUGUGGGGCAGGAAACAAAUUGUCUGAAUAAAAUAAAGUAUUCCUUCUCCCAAGUGUGUAAUGAGGAAAAAUCAGCAGUGCUGCACAACUCAGUAAACCCAAAUCAAAAGUGGUGACCUUGUUUUUAUUUUCUCCUUAGCACUCCUUUUCUACCAAUCGAGGCACACUGCUCCUGAGAUAAUUCUUCAGUUUCCUCUUUUCUCAUGUCUUGAGACCACCUGGGCAGGGCUUGCAUAGCGGUUCAGGAAUUUACAUGAAUUCCUUGUUAUCAUGCACCUCCAUGUGCAGUGGGUGUUCGCAGCAAAUUGAGAUUUGUGGUGGUGCUUGAGGUAACAAAUGUGAGGAAGCUUCCCCCCUUUCCUCCUUCACAGCAUUUCCAUUUUUGGCAGCAAAAGUGUGAUGCUGUAAAUAUCUUCUCUGACACCAGAAGAGAGUUGUGUGAGGGAAACGUGUUCACUUCUAUGAGUCCGUAACGGAUGGGGCCCCUGAAAGGGAUUUGAAGUGACAGCAAUGUGGAAUUCUGAAUGUCAUGUUUAAAGGAGGGAAAGUAGCUGGAAAGGUUCUUGCUGUAUCUAAAGCAUGGGAGGGAACUGGGGGAAAUUAGUUUGACCCUGAUCUGGAAACACAUUUGUGGUGGUGUUGUUUUCCUUCUGUGCAGUGAACUGCAAAGUUUGAAGGGGCCUUUCCGUGUGGAGUGAUUUUAGUAAGUCGCUGGUGGAAGAUGCAGAGUUUGAAUGAUGUGUAUCUCUACUUUGAAUUCAUGUAUAUUUUCUGAACUUUUUUUUUUUUUUUGAACAGUUCUUGUUUUAAGGCUGUCAUGAUUUUUACUGAUUGGUUAUUAAGCUUAAAAUACUCAGUUCUGUAAUUAUAAAUAUUUAAAAUUGUAGAUUUCCCUGACAAAGGAUCAGAGUGGUCUGAAAUGUGAUGGGAAAUAGUGUAUACUAUUUUUCCUACCCUGUGCUUUUUGCUCAUUUUCUCAAUCUGAAAUUUAUUCAGUCCCCAAUUUCCUACCUAUAAGCAGCUGCUUACAGCCGUGCUUCUUGUGUUGGUGUAAUAUAGCUGCAACCCUAUGCAUUGCCAAUAACGACGUCAAAGGCACCCGCCUUUUCUACUAUUUGAUUUUUGGAUUCCCUGCCCGUCACUUCUUGUCACCAUUUGAAUCUCUGGAAUGUUCUAUUUUCCACUAACAUCUGCCCCCUCCAUUCUACCUGCCCAUCUAAACAUAUGAAAAUACUUGUGCUUCAGGCAUAUGAGAGAGAAGUGGAUUCUGCCUUAAAGAGAACGUGCACAUUAACAAGGAACAAAAAACCUAGAGUGAGAGCACACAUACUAAAUACCAUAAACCAGGCAUGGGGAACCUGUGGGCCUCUGGAUGUUGUUGAACUCCAACCCCUAUGAGCCUCAGCUAUCAGGACCAAUGGUCAGCGACUGUGGAAACUAUUGUCCCCCAACAUCUUGUGAGCCACAGAUUUCCCAUCCCUGCUGCAAACAGUGAGGGAAAUGGGAAAUAGGCAAGCUGUCUGUGUCCUCAAACAGCAGUUUUUGGGCAAAUAUAUAUAUAUAGAUGAUCAGAAUGAACAGUCUUCAAAAUAAGGAAUUUUUGAAAAGGCACCACAUGUUAUAUAUACCUCAAGAAGGAAUUGUCUGGUAAAUACCCAGGGAUGGGGAAUAUAGCAAUGCAGGAACUGUGGCAGAUAGAACAUGAAGUCAGUCCUAGAGCUUUCUAUAGAGAGAAAGAGAAAGUGUAUUCUUGGAAAAAGAUGCUGUGACUUCCCUCUCUCCAGAACUAUAAUAGAACAGUUCAAACCUGAGAGUAUGUGUAGUGCAUUUCACGCUGGCUACUAAAACUCAACUCUACAAUGAAUUACUAAUAUGAAGUGUGGGUGUGAAAUGGAAUUCAUCAGGAAGCAGAAGGAAUCUGGUCUCUCACAUUCGGUACAUUAAACAAAAUGGUAUAGUUUCACCUUCUAUGCGUAAAACCUGCUUUUAAGUGAGCUACAGAACCCCGAUGAGAAGCUCAGUAUAAAAGGAGAACGGGGAGUCCAACUAAAUGACAAAUACUUGCUUGAACGUUGGCUUUUGAAAUAUGGUAUGAAGAGACAAAAACUGGAGUUGGGUAGAAUAAUGAGCUGCAGACUCAAAUCCCCUGAGGUUAAACUUUGGCUAUUUUUGCAGCUCCAUUGGCACUCUGAUUUGAGUCUCCUAGAGCUACCUUCUCAGAUUUAGUGAUAUUGGUGCAAUAGCAUCAAAAGUGUAGGGCAAUCAGAGUUUCCUGCCCUUUCUAUAAUUUGGGCAUGGAUGCAAAAAUGGGCCUGUAAGGCCAAGUCACAAUUCAGAGCUCUUAAAAUAAUCAUAUUUAAUCUGCUGUCAGUUUUGUCUUUGUAAUUUUUAGACAUGCUUUCAAGGUGUUAGAGGCAAACUCAGAUAUCAGCUUGUUUGGAGAGCGACUGAGGUUAAAAAGAGAGAGAGAGACUUGUGCAUCAAGGCCCAGGUGAACACCCCCAGGAAUAAUAAAAACACAUUGACACAGAAUUUUAGUUUAAAGGUUAAUGGGCAAAAUUUAGGCCAUGACUUUAUUGAUUACAGAAAUGUGAGUGGCAUUGGCUUAGGCAUUGGCCAUAACUAUAACUGACUCCUGCCCACUUUGCAGGAAGUCUGAAAGGGUAAACCACCAACAGAGGGAGCUCUGUCGAUGGCAACCAACUGAAGCUCACCCCGGGGUUCCCGUUGGGUGUUGGCAUGGCCCUAGCCCCUCAAGCAGACUUUGGAUGAGAUCCAGACCCACUGAUUUCUCUAAUGGAAUACCUGGAGGGGCAGGUGAUGGCCGCACCUCCCCUCCCCCACAUCUCACUAAGCUAAUGCCUCACCGCCUAACCUUAUAGAGUUGUGACAAUUGCUAAGAGGUAGGCGAAAACCAAAUGGCCAGUGCCAAUCUGCCAAAUGGAAAAAAAUCCUACCUGGCCCCUGUUCCAAAACAGGCAGCCAACCGGUGUCCAGAGCAAGGCCAAAGUGGACACUUAAAACUAGGGUGGGUGGGCGGUGUUCAGUGGCAUGAAGCCAGAUGAAGCCUUUUAGAGGCCCCCACAAUCACGCCACCACUCUCUAAUUGGCCAACAGGCCAGUGGCACAAUUGUGGGGCCACUGUGGGCUCAGGAUCAUCCCCCUCCCCUUCCCCUGGGUGUGUGGGGGGCAUGGCCCACGCGCAACGCAGACACUCUAAAAGGAGGAUCCAAUUUGUAGAUUUAUGUGGGCUCUUUGUCAGCAGCCUAACCGGGUCAAGAAUGAACAUUUUGCAUUGAAUUCAUCUGGGGAAGAAAAUACAGAGAUAUGGGAUUCUGGCUAUAGAGAGAUGCCAGGUAUUCAACUCAGAGGAUGGUAAUCUCAGUUGACUUACUCAAGAGUCUUACUCAGAGUCAACCCAUUGAAAGUAAAGAACCUGACUAAGUUAGGUCCAUUAAUUUCAAUGGGUUUAUUCUAGUAAAACCCAGAAUUUCUACAUAUAAUGCAUGUGCUCUACCAGAGUGCUGAUUCCUUCUGUAUCUUGCUGUCGUUUGUGGAAACCAUAGCAAAAUAGGUCAUCAACAAUUAUUUACAUGAUGGGCUUGCCAUUGCUUUAUAUAUGAAUCAGUUCCAUGCUUGGUUUUGCCUACCCCACUAUACCCUUAAACAUAUUGGGGAUUCUUUGACAAUUUCCUCAUAUCUAUAUGUACGUUUUUCUUUUGUCCCUGUUUUCAGGUCUCCAACCUCUAUCUCUAUGACAGUGUGCUUAUGUUGGCCAACGCCUUCCACAGAAAGCUGGAGGACAGGAAGUGGCACAGCAUGGCAAGCCUGAACUGCAUGAGGAAAUCAACCAAGCCUUGGAACGGAGGCCGCUCCAUGCUGGAAACGAUUAAGAAGGUAAGAAUAGGAAAAUGGAAACCCAGCGGGCAGACUGAGCAGGCAAGCUUCCUUACCAAAGAAUUCAUGUUGCUUUGGCAUAGCAGGAUCAGGAGGAAAACAGAGGGUGAGCUGGGGAACACAUUGGCCACGAUUCAGGGAGAAUAGAAUAGAAAUACUUUAUUGUCACUGUACCACUUGCUUACAGUGAGAUUAAACGAGCCCCCCUCCCCCCCCAAUCUCUCAGUCCUUGUUACACUGUCGUACGACCACCAAACCCGAACGUCAGCUGUAAUGUUGCUGUCUUCAAUUCAGCAGCCUCACAGCCUACAGGUAGAAACUGUUCUUUAACUUGUUGGUGUGGCCUUUCAUGCUUCUGUAUCUCCUGCACAAGAGCAGGAUAUUAAAAAGGUGCUGGCCAGGGUGUGAGUCAUCCCUGAGAAUGUUCCUCGCUCUUCUGAGGCAACGGUCAAGGCAAAUGAAGGGAAGAAUUUGCAAGAGGUUUUGUGAAUGCCGACAUAGACCUAUCUGGGCUUUGUAUCGCCUCUGCCCUGCCCCACCCACCAGUCCCCUUCUUUCCCAAUAUAAAAUGAAACAACAAAACAAAAGCCUUGUGGAAGGAGGAGGAAAUAACAAGUGGUGAAGGCCCUUACGUGGCAUGAGGAGGACCUGUGCCCCAUGAUGCCUGGCAGAAAAUGUCACAUUGUGUAGCGUUGGCUGCUGCCAUAAGCCUCCUCAUUGAUUGCAAAUGACCUUGGAGUGUCAUUUGCUGCUGGGGAUAAUGGGAUUUAGCAGUCAGGUGUCUCUUUUCAUGAUUGGAGCCCUCUACCCCCUUCUACUUAGCGGAGGUAAGUGAUUUUUCUUUGGAGAAGGGGAAACUGGGAGGACAAGCGUAGGUUAAGAUCCCCAAUUGGAGGCAGCCUGCUGUGCCCUGCUUGAAUUUAGCAUCCUAGCUUUGAAUAGUCAUGCCAUUCUUACUUGCAACUCUAGGCAUGAAGAAUGAGAACUGUGGUUUUGUGUUCUAGCUUGUGGUCAGUCCCCAACAUUAUCCAGACAUGCCAAGUAUGGCUUACAUCUCCACAAGGCCCCAGCAGAAUUCUGUUUUAGAUCCAAAUAAAAUAUUUUUUGCUCUUUUGGCAGUUCUAGUGUGUGUUAAAUCUCCCACAGGUGCUUAUGAGUAUUAAAUGGUCUUUGCCAACAUUCUCUAGUUUCUUUACAGAAUGGGUUCCUUUUAAAAAAGGAUUAUUAUUUUUCACUGAUGUAGAUUAAGAUCAUACAAUGUACAAUUUACAUAAAAAUCUAUUUAUUUUAGAAAAUGGGUUCUAUUUUUAGAAAAUGGGUUCUUGUGUUUGUAGACUAUUGUGAGCAUCUGUGGUGCUUCUGAUACAUGAUGCUACUUUCAGUUUCAUUAGACUACUUUUGUGAUCUAUAUAAUAAAUGUCCUAAAACUGAUGACCUUGUUUCCUUAGGGUCACAUCACUGGUCUCACAGGUGUUAUGGAGUUCAGAGAAGAUGGUGCCAACCCCUACGUCCAGUUUGAAAUCCUUGGAACCAGCUACAGUGAAACAUUCGGGAAAGAUGUGCGGAGGGUAACAAUGUUUUCUCUUUUUUCUGCUUUUCUGUUCACACAGAAGGAGAGUUACAUUCUAAUUCCCUAGGGAUAAUGCUACCAUUUUAGAACAACUGGUGGAACUGAUCUUGCUCACAGCACUAAAGUCGUUAGCUGUGGAAAUAAUAUUUUCUAAUUUCUCACACACCUAAGCCUUGAAAGAUAACAAUUUUAGGCUGUCAGUAUGGAGUCCAGAAAAUUGUUCUCAAAUGUGCUAUAUUCCUUAAAAUAUUCCAACACUGAGACAGUGAGCGUAAUUGUGAAAAUGUUAAGCUCUACUUGUAGGUAUUUCCAGGUGAAUUAUAGUAUAAUUGGUAUAACUAAGACCUGUCCUACUUGGGAAACAAAAUGUGAUAUUUUAUUUCUAGUCCCUGUAAAAUCUUUCAAUGCAGAGACAGGGUGUUAUACUGAAAGAAAGAUAUGACUAUGUAGAAGAGGACAAAAAAAUCUUUUAUUUCUGUUCCCCAAGGCAGCUUACAUUUUCUUAAAAAUCAAAUACAAUUAGAGUGGGGCUCUUGCAUUUCAGCUGUUUAACAUUAGCCUGUGUUACCUUUUUAAAAAAGAACCACCUUGACCAGGGCAAAAAUUUAUUUGAAACACAGCAAUUUGGGAUGUUUCAGGGAGAAAUCACGGGUAGGCAAAGAAUUUCACACUCUCAAGACCUCUCUUCUACCCUGUAAAACUGUCUGUUCCCAAGGGUCCUCUGCAACAGAGAUGCAACCAUCUAUCAUUGCAUAUAUCCACAGUGUAACAUGUAGGUUGGGGUCUUAGAAGGAAAUGCAUAAGUAGGUGAAGCCUGAUAGAGAUUCAAGCAAUAGAAAGAUUUGUCAAUCUGCUUGGAACCUGAGUGUAACUUUCUCAUUGUGUAUGUAGCUGUCUGACUUGUCGCAUUUUAGUUUUGAGAAAUCCAUACAGAAUUAGGCUCCUGCUGUUGGGGGGAAAUCGGUGCCUUCUGGGAUCUGGAGCUACUGAAAUGAAAAGCUGCUAUGUGAAAGCAAAAUGAAUUAAUCAAUAAUUAGUGGGAAAGGUGUGAGAGGAUGGAGUCUGUGGUUUAGUUUGUCGUGUGACGAAAGUAUAUCUCAAGAAAGGCCGUGCCAGAAAACCAAAGACUCAGCAGUUAAUUGAACUUGUGCUGAUGGGUUUUUGAAUGAGGACAUUGUGAGAAGGAGGAGUUGGGAGACUGAUGGAAAGGGAGGAGAGGAAGAUAAAUUAAGGUCCUGAAUUCAAGUAAAGUUUAAGGGUGAAUUGAGGCAAAGCCAAUUGCCUUUUUUUCACUGAAAAUUUUCAUGGUUCUCUUUAUUUUCACUGUGAUUGUUGUUCCCACCCCUUUAUUCUCCAAAGUGCCUAUAUCUCCAUUUGCUCUUCCACCCACCCCCAGUAAAGGAAAAUAAAAUGGCUAUGUGCUGUGUUGGUGUUGACCUUUAAAGCCCUAAAUGGCCUCGGCCCAGUAUACCUGAAGGAGUUUCUCCACGCCCAUCAUUCUGCCCGGACACUGAGGUCCAGCGCCGAGGGCCUUCUGGCGGUUCCCUCACUGAGAGAAGCUAAGCUACAGGGAACCAGGCAGAGGGCCUUCUCGGUAGUGGCGCCCACCCUGUGGAAUGCCCUCCCAUCAGAGGUCAAAGAGAUAAACCAUUAUCAGACUUUUAGAAGACAUCUUUAGGCAGCCCUGUUCAGGGAAGUUUUUAAUGUGUGACAUUUUAAUGUAUUUUUAAUAUUUGUUGGAAGCUGCCCAGAGUGGCUGGGGAAACCCAGCUGGAUGGGCGGGGUACAAAUAAUAAAUUACUAUUACUAUUCAGGUGCGACUCAAAUUAGGCUGAACACAGUCCACUUGUGGGUUCCAACCAACCAGUUGAGACCAAUGCUUUAUAAUACGUCUUGGUUAGGUUCUAAAGUCAGCAGGUAAGCUGAAAAUCAUGUAUAGUCAAAAUAAUAUUCAAAUGUCCCCAAAGUGCACUCUUGAACUUUGGGCUCAAGGAAGUCUUCCAGCUCACUCACUCUUCCUCAUCUGGCUGGGGGCACUGCUACAUGCCGACAGUGCCCCCCUCAGUCCUUGUGCCUUCUUGGGGCCAGUGAGCAGGAACUGCAUGGAUCGAUGAAGGGAGAGAAGGGCUUUCCUGCCUUCUCCUCUGGCUGGUGGAGCUCUGGUACAUGUUGGCUACUAGCUAGCUGUCGUGGGGCAAGGAGAACUGUUAUGUACUGAGUUGAAUAGGAUCCAAAAUGCAGCAGUCUGAUUGGUCCUAGAACAAUAGGAUCCAGAAUGCAGCAGUCUGAUUGGUCCACAGGAGCCACCCAAUCCAGCUCCAGGUGGAAGGGAAUCCGCAACCUGAUUGGCUUACAGGAGAAUCCCAGAAUUAGUCAAUUACUUGGGGCCCAUUGCGUAAAUAAUGUAUAUAAAGCAGACAUUAUGGGGGAACUUCCAUUCCUUCUCACCACUAUGAGCUGAAUAAAGAGCAUGAAAUUCACUCUCUACUCUGAGUAUAGUUCAAGAACCUUGGGUUCUCCUUCUCCAUCUCUUUGCUGCCUCUCCACAGGCAAGUGACCAGCAGAAAGGACCUUCCAAAAGGGGGAAGAAUCCAGGAAAGGAUUAA